UCGACGUGUUGUUAUCAUACCUACACUUCUCGCUGCUAGUACUUUAAACUGUCAGCAGCCUGUUUUUUUACACAUAAUGUGUGAAGAAGAAUGCGACUGAUAAAUAUUUUAAGCGCACAGUGUUUAAUCUGAAGUGUUGCUCGGUAUCUUUACCAUUGUUUAGAUCAGUUUGCGUUUGUUUUGUGAGAACAAGCUCGCAUCUGCAGUCAAGGCGUUUCCGUGGCAACGGCGCCUUCAUUCAGUCAGGGAAGGAUCGCAUUAAACGCACCAGGAGACGCUGAAGAAUGCGACUGAAAACAUCUCUGCCUAAGGAGCCCAAACAUGGAGAGCUGGUGAGUUGCUUGGGCUGGACGUCUGCAGAUGAGCUGUACUCCUGCAGCGAUGAUCAUCACAUCCUCAAAUGGAACCUGCUCACCAAUGAAACCAGUGUUGUGGUGAAACUCCAGGAGGACAUUUAUCCCAUUGACCUGCACUGGUUCCCCAAGACAGUCAGUGGAAAGAAACAAACUGUGGCCGAGAUCUUUGCCCUCACCAGCUCAGAUGGUAAACUGCAUCUGCUGUCUAAAUCAGGUCGAAUAGAGAAGAGUGUGGAGGCUCAUAAAGGUGCCGUGCUCGCUGGACGCUGGAAUCAUGACGGAACGGCUCUCAUCACAGCUGGUGAAGAUGGCCAGCUGAAGAUCUGGUCUAAGAGUGGCAUGCUGAGGUCUACUCUGGCCCAACUAGGGUCUCCAGUGUACUGUGUGUCAUGGGCUCCAGACUCCAGCAGAGUUCUGUACACAUCAGGACGACAGCUGAUCAUUAAACCACUGCAGCCCAGCUCCAAACUCCUGCAGUGGAAAGCUCACGAUGGCAUCAUUCUGAAAGUGGACUGGAGUGCAUUGAAUGAUCUCAUACUGUCAGGAGGAGAAGACUGUAAAUAUAAGGUGUGGGACAGUUACGGGCGUCUGCUGUUCUCCAGUGCAGCUCAUGAUUACCCCAUCAGUGCUGUAUCCUGGGCUCCUGACGGUGAGCUGUUUGCCGUGGGCUCCUUCAGUACUCUCAGACUGUGUGAUAAGACAGGGUGGUCAUACUCUCUGGAGAAGCCGAGCACAGGCAGCGUGUUCAGUCUGGCGUGGUCUGCUGAUGGCACUCAGCUGGCAGGAGCGUGUGGAAAUGGACACGUGUUGUUUGCUCAUGUCGUAGAACAGCGCUGGGAGUGGAGGAACUAUGAGAUUACUCUCACUAAGAGACGCACUAUGCAGGUGAGGAAUGUAUUAAAUGAUGCAGUGGAUGUUGUGGAGUUCAGGGAUCGAGUCAUUAAAGCAUCUCUGGCUCACGCUCAUCUGGUGGUCACCACCUCUCUGCAGUGUUACGUCUACAGUGUGAAGAACUGGAAUACCCCACUGAUCUUUGAGCUAAAGGAGGGAACAGUUAGUCUUAUACUGCAGGCCGAGAGGUAUUUCCUGUUGGUGGAUGGGGCAGAGGUGUAUGUGUACUCGUAUGAGGGCCGUCUGGUGUCGUCUCCUAAGAGUCCCGGCAUGAGAAUGGACAUCCUGAACUCACAGUCUGUCUCUCUGAGCAAUGACACCAUCGCCAUACGGGACACCACUGAUGAACGAGUUGUCUUUCUGUUUGAGGCGUUGACAGGAAAAGCCAUCGGUGACAGCAAACCUUUCAUUCACAAGAUGGAGGUGGUGUUGAUCGCGCUGGAUCAGUGUGGAUCAUCUAAUGACAGAAGGCUUGCAUUGAUUGAUAAGAAUCGUGACCUCUACUUGACCUCUGUGAGGAAGCUGGGUCGAGCUGACAGUGUUUAUAAGAUCGGUACGAUGGUCCACACGUUGGCCUGGAAUGACUCCGCUAACAUCCUGUGUGGUGUUCAGGAUCAUCAGCUGACUGUGUGGUAUCACCCCAGUGUGGUGUUUGUAGACAAAGACCUGCUGCCCAAAACUAUCUGCACCAAAGACAGCAGUGAGUUGAGUGGCUCUCCUCAGAUCAUGAGUUAUGUGGGCAGUCAGGUGACUGUGAGACGGGUGGACGGAUCUCUAGUGUGCAGUGCGGUGUCUCAGUACCCCACAUUACUGCACGAGUACAGCAGCAGCGCUCGCUGGGAGGACGCGCUCCGUCUCUGUCGCUUUGCCAAGGAUCAGACUCUGUGGUCAUGUCUGGCAGGGAUGGCAAUGUCCAGUCGAGAGCUGAGCACAGCAGAAGUGGCAUAUGCCGCUAUCGGAGAGGUGGAUAAAGUACAGUAUAUAAACUUCAUUAAGGAUUUGCCAUCUAAAGACUCGUGUGCCGCUCAUGUUCUGCUGUUCAGUGGACGUGUGCAGGAGGCAGAGAGCACGCUACUGCAGGCCAACCUCAUUUACCAUGCCAUACAGAUACACAUCAACCUCUACAACUGGGACAGAGCUCUGGAGUUGGCAGUGAAGUGUGUGAGUGAGUGUGUGUGUGAGUGAGUGAGUGUGAGUGAGUGAGUGUGUGAGUGAGUGUGAUUGAGUGUGUGAGUGAGAGUGUGUGUGUGAUUGUGUGAGUGAGUGUGUGUGUGUGUGUGUGUGUGUGUGUGUGUGUGUGUGUGUGUGAGAGAGAGAGUGAGUGAGUGUGUGAGUGAACACUGUUGUUGUCCUCAGAGCUCUGGAGUUGGCAGUGAAGUGUGUGAGUGAGUAUGUGUGUGUGUGUGAUUGAGUGAGUGAGUGAGUGUGUGUGUGUUUGAAGGAACAUUUGCUGAUUAUUUCACAACCUCAUUUCUUGCACUUUAAUGUGAUCCUUCAUUCUGCUCUUUCUCUAUUUAAGAGCUGCAGAAAGCACUCACUGUGUGAAAUGCUGCAUUCACUUAAUUCACUGAAGCUGUAGUCUAUGACGGUUUGGGAACAUAUAUUUUACUAUCUAUUGUUCUUACAUUUAAAAUUUUAUGUUAAAUACUUGUAUACAUGAAUAAUAGCUACAUGUUGAAGGGGUUAGAUUAGAGAUCCUCUGCAAAGGUCACAGAAUGUUUUGGAAGCUUGUGUCCUAAUAUAACUGUGUUGCUUCACUGUAAGGAACAUUAUAAUUAUCUCAAUAACACACAGCCAUGUAUUUGUAGUCCAGAACACACAUCUUUAAUAUAAUUUAAUUAUUAAUAUAUGUUCAUUAUAAAAGAAAACCCCAGCUUUCAACAUAACUACUUGUUAAGCUUAUGAGGUUAGGUUUAUUAUGUGCAUAUUUACUUAUUCAACAGUUAAAAAACAUUUAAAUUUUAAAUGGUGAAUGGUGUACAUUUCAUUUAUUUGCAAUAAUAAGCUAAAAUGUGUCAUCUUUGUGCACCAUUAUGCAUGUGCUGAUGUACAACAUAUAGAAACCUCUCAUAAACCUCUGAGCUUUGAAACCUCUUCUGACACCAGUAAUUAGGAAUGUCAGUUUAACACGUUGAUUCAGUGCGAUUAAUUAGAUGCAAAAUAACAUGUUAAAAAACGAACAUUAAUGAAUCAUACUCCCUAAACUCUAAUUAGCCUUGAUGUUGUAGCGGUCAGCAGGGGGCAGUCUCCUCAGCUCGGGCUGUACCUGAAACUCUUGGGGCUUCACAGACAAUUAAUCAAUGAAUCUCUUCCUCAAAACACAGAAUGAAGACAGUCUUUCGCACAUGACAUGCUUUUGCAUUUAUCCUGCGGAGAUCUGCGCGACUGCUUUUUCAGAUUCCCUUUGUGAAUUACAACGAUCAGCAGCUAAUAAACAUGCAAGAUAUUCUAGAGCAAACAGUUUUCCUAAAUAUGGAUGUCCUCAUAUGUGGACAGCGGGAUUAAGACAUUUGAAAUAAUGCCAAAAGCUAUAAAAUUCAGAUUUUAUUCAUCAGACUGUUUAUUAUGUGUCCAGGAGUUUCUGACAUGAAAAACAGAUUUUUAUGGACCAAACAGGUUUCCAUGGAAACUUAAAGAGGUUUCUGACCAGCGGCACUUUUGUUGGAGCACUUCAUGGAAAUCAACGUCACGCUGUCGUGUCACGUGAUGCAGUGCACCAGAAGUUUAACACUUAAAUGACAGUCUAGAGUCUUCUGAACAGUCAAAUUCAUUUCAAUUAUGUGUUGUGUAGCGAAGCCAAAAUACAACGUCCACACACGUGCACACGAGAUUAAAGACAGCACAAUAUAAUGUGGGGAUCUUAAGAUGCAUUUUAUCCUACUUUUAUCUUAACACAGCUUCUUAAAAUGUGCGUUUAUGGCACAAGAUGCUGAAGUGCGAUGUAACCAUAGUGAGAUGCUCCUGAGCGGUGCUCCGCCGCUACUGAAUGUCCAGUGCCACAGUGAAAGAAGAAACUCAAGUUGUGAGCUUGAAGUGAAUGUGAUGAGCAGAAGCGGCUCAAGCCAGGGGUUUGCAGGUGCCUCCGCAUCCCCAAGAAAGACAUCUCCUUUUGUUUUCUACAAAAGACGCAAAUUCACACUGACAUGAGGGUGAUUAAUGACCGAAAUGUCAUUUUUAGGGUGAACUGUCCUUUAAGUAACUGUUAAAGUAUUUGUUAAAGGUAUCUGCCAAGAAUAUAAAUGUAAAUCAACGCAUGACUUCAUUACAUCUUGUUGGCCCAUAAUGUAAACACUGUACUUAAAGACUCAUUCUAUCUGAAUAAAACUACAGGUAAGCAUUGAGAAAAGUAGCCCCCUGUGAAAUGUCAGAUGUUUUUUAUUACUCAUUUUAUGGGUUGGCGGAGCAUUCCCCCGCUGCGA